GAAUAAAAAUUUACUUGAAUUUUUUUAAAUAAUUUAAAAAUAUAUUUGAAUAUCAUACUUGAUCAAUUCUUUUAUUAGUUUAUUUUUGUUGUUGUGCUUGCUUGCUUGUCCAAGGAGUUUUCCCAAGACGAGAUCAAAUUAAAAGUCCAACAGCAUAAAACAGAAAUGUCCUAUUCAAGAAUGAACAAGGAAAUUACACGCCUAGACUUUGAUUCCUUUCAUACGUAAACUUCCCCAUAUUUAAUACAUAAAAGUCAGCCAAUGAGGCAUGAAACAGUGAGACUUGGCAAUGGUGUCAAAUUCAUACACAGUCAACUACCAUUAAUUAAAAAACCCAAGACCAACAGCAAAGCCUUUGCCGCAAACGACAUUCUCCAUGCUUGCAUGAUUGAUAAUAUGGUAAGCCAUUGUGCUUUUCUCUAAGUGGAGCAGUUGGUGUUUGCAAAUUUUCUUAUAUAACUUGUUCCUCUCCGUCAUGAGAAAUCGCUUGUUCAAGGAAAUUAAAAAUGGCGAACAACCUUCGGACAGAUUCAUCAGACUACCGAACAGAGCUUCUGUCACCUGCUCCGGCUGGCGAGGAUGACACAAUGGCAACUGAACAAUCUUGGCGACUCAACAUGGAUAAGUUUCACCUCCCAGAGAGACGAGUGGAGUCUUCUUGUUUUAGCCUUGGGGUUUUUAUCAAGGCUUUAAGGAGGCAGAGAAAAGUUUCAGAGUAUUACAAGAGGCAGGAAAAGCUUCUCAAAGGGUUCAAUGAAGUGGACACAUUCAAUGAAUUGGGCAUUUUGCCUGGGAGUUUGACUGAGGAGGAAAUGGAGAAGCUAGAAAGGAGUGAGAGGGUGGCAAUAUAUGCAUCCAAUGUGGCCAAUUUGGUGCUUUUCUUAGCAAAAGUUUAUGCCUCUGUGGAGAGUAGAUCAAUGGCAGUCAUAGCAUCAACCUUGGACUCUUUACUGGAUCUCUUGUCAGGCUUUAUCUUGUGGUUUACUGCUCAUGCAAUGAGAAAACCGAAUCUACAUCGCUAUCCCAUUGGCAAAAAUAGAAUGCAACCUGUUGGAAUUGUUGUUUUCGCAUCAGUGAUGGCUACUCUUGGAUUGCAAAUAUUGUUUGAAUCAGGUCGAGAACUGGUUAUGAAGGCACAACCAGAAAGGGAUCAUGAAAAAGAAAUAUGGAUGAUUGGGAUUAUGGUAUCGGUGACAUUGGUAAAAGUGGUGCUCACGGUGUAUUGUCGCACGUUCGAUAAUGAAAUCGUUAAGGCAUAUGCUCAAGAUCAUUUCUUCGAUGUCAUUACUAACUCAAUUGGUCUAGGAACAGCUGUGUUAGCUAUCAAAUUCUACUGGUGGAUUGAUCCUCUUGGGGCAAUUCUUAUAGCAUUAUACACAAUGGGGAAUUGGGCGAAGACAGUGAUGGAUAACGUUUGGGGACUAAUUGGGAAGACAGCACCGUCAGACUAUCUAGCGAAGUUGACGUACUUAAUAUGGAACCACCAUGAAGAGAUUACACACAUAGAGACUGUUAGAGCAUACACAUUUGGUAGUCACUAUUUUGUGGAGGUUCACAUAGUUUUGCCUGAGGACAUGCCCCUUGGCCAAGCACAUGAUAUUGGACAAACUCUUGAAGAUAAGCUCGAGCAACUUCCUCAAGUAGAGCGAGCUUUUGUUCAUGUGGAUUGUGAUACCAUUCAUCCUCAAGAGCACAAGACAAAAAGGCCAUGAGCAUUAGGAUUAAAGUUCACUUCCAAGGACAUGAAGCUAUUUCUUUUUCCACACUUUAUAGUAGCUAUUACAAUUUUCAUGCAUCAAGGGCUUGUUAGAAACAGUCUAUUGUUUGUUGUAUUUAUCUAAUUAAUUAAUGAACAACAGUUUGAGUGGAGCUAUCAAAA